AUGGAUUUUGAUGACGAUGCCCCGCCAGAGCUCGUUAACACGACCGCAGACGAUGUGGAUGGCGAGAUCACGGUCAAGGUCCCCAUUACUAUUGUUACAGGUUACCUUGGUGCCGGUAAAACGACGCUGUUGAAUUACAUCCUCACAGCCCAGCAUGGCAAAAAGAUUGCCGUGAUUAUGAAUGAAUUUGGGGACUCACUCGACAUUGAGAAGUCCCUUACUGUAAACAAGGGAGAUGAACAAGUUGAGGAGUGGCUUGAAGUCGGCAAUGGCUGCAUAUGUUGUUCAGUCAAGGAUACGGGUGUGAACGCGAUUGAGUCUCUCAUGUCCAAGAAGGGCGCAUUCGACUACAUCCUCCUGGAAACGACUGGCUUGGCUGACCCUGGUAACCUGGCGCCGCUGUUCUGGGUGGACGAUGGGCUUGGGAGCACAAUUUACCUUGACGGUAUUGUCACUUUGGUGGAUGCGAAAAACAUCCUACUCAGCCUUGAUGACCCCAACGGCAAGGUUGAAGGACAUGACCAUGACGAUCAUGGCCCAGUCAUGACCACAGCCCAUGUCCAGAUCUCUCACGCGGAUGUGAUUGUCAUCAACAAGGCCGACAUGGUUACAGAGGCGGAGCUCAGCCAGGUCAGAGCAAGGAUUGAGUCAAUCAACGGGUUGGCAAAGAUCCAUGUGACGGAGAGGAGUGUGGUUCCCCAGCUGGAGGGAUUCCUGCUUGAUCUGCACGCAUAUGAUCAAUUCAAUGAAUCGGAAGCGAGUGCCAAGGGGCAUAGCCAUCUCGACCCUACCAUCUCGACCGUCACGAUUCCUGUCGGUCGCCUCGAACCGGAACAGCUAGAUGCUGUUGACCGUUGGCUACGGUCAGUGCUGUGGGAUAACAAGCUCCCCGAGGCGGACAAGGAGGGUGGGUUUGAGAUUCACCGCUCCAAGGGCCGUCUUAUGUUUGCCAACGGAGACAUCAAGAUGCUGCAGGGGGUCAGGGAGAUUUUUGAGAUAAAUGACGGGCCGCGAGAUGAUGAGGCGCCGCCUCCAGAGGGCAAGAUCAUUCUGAUUGGACGAAACGUGGCUGAGGUUGGAUUUGAGAGCAGCUUCAAGCAAGCGGUCAACUAG